AUGCUCUCCGAGUCGUUCGUCGCGGCUACCCUGGCCUCCGCUAAAACUGCCAGCGCCACUCUGCGCGAUGUCGGCAUUUGCGUGCAGGAAUACCUGCCCUCUCCCCAAUUGCGAUCAACUUUGAAGAAGAGCUCCACCAACCCCAAUUGUCUUGCCGUGAGCCCGUCGCAUAUCUUCGCUGCCCAGGCGGAGAAGGCGGUGGUGCAUGUGUAUAGUCGGGAGAAAGGAAACCAAGAGGCUCUGGUGCCGUUCCCGCAGCGCAUCCACAGCAUUGCAGUGGCCGGAGGCAAGUACGGCGAUGUGCUGGUUCUGGGAACCGAGGGUGGUGGACUGAUCCUGUGGGAGACUUGUACCGGUCGUGUUGUGGCCACCACCGCCUCCCAUCUUCAGCCCGUUACUUCUCUCACCGUCGACCCCACCUCCAACUUCAUCCUCUCUGGCUCUUCCGACGCCAGUAUACACGUCUGGUCCUUGUCAUCCAUUCUAUCUUUCUCACGACUCGCCCCAAGCGGGGACCGUCAGCCCCCCAAUGCCCCGAUUCGCACUUUCUCGAAUCACCGCGCCGCUAUCACAUCUCUAGCUUUCGGGCACAGUAAUGGACGGCACAAUAUCGUCGUUUCAACGGCGAAAGAUAAUACAGCGAUUGCGUGGGACUACCAGACUGGACGUGUCAUGCGAACCUUCCUUCUUCCUUUCUCCGCCACUUGUGUAGCAUUGGACCCAGUCGACCGUGCUUUCUACGUGGGUUACGAGGAUGGAAGUGUCCAGUCGGUUGGUUUCUACCGCAGUGAAUCCGUGCAAAACCCGCUCCAUGAUCCCUCUCUCCAAUCGACCCCGGCGCAGGCGUCUGCCGAAGACCGAUGGCUCCCACCUUCGGCCGAGUCAGGCACCGUCAGGGCCGUUUCCCUGUCGUACGACGGAACAACAUUACUAUCUGCACAUGAAAAUGGAAGGGUUCUAUCGUGGAACAUUGCGCGACGCAAGUUUGCGACCACAGUUGCCGACUAUACACACCCUGUGACCAAUUUGGUUGUGCUGCCUCCUAGCGGACUUCCCACAACACAACAAUUGAAGCGCAUAUCGCACACCGUGGUUAAACCUCGCCAUGACAAUGCUUUCGCCGAUCCGGCUCACGCCCCCGGCGCCGUACCAGUGGACUACGUGUUUCACACACACCUGGUUGCUCCGUCGCAACCGCGCCCUCGCACGACAGCCGAAUUUACCCAAGCACUCACACACACCUCCUUCCCCGAAUCUAUGAUUGAAGAAGGCCUUGCAGAAUUAGCGGCGCUCCGUCAAGGUGGUGGGGCGCAGGUCUCCCACGUUACCUCCGCAACUCCAGCCCUUGCCGAUGAUUCGGACGCAGCCGCCCGAGACAACCACGUCACAGAAUUACAAGCCGAAAUCGCCAUUUUGAAAAAGAAGGCAGCGGCUAAUGACACAGCUCGUCACGCUACCGCCGAUGAAGUUGUUCAAUUGCGCUCUGAUUUGGCCCAGCUGCAGGAUUACAUCAACGAAAUGCACGGGAAACUGGAAGCAGGUCAGCAUGCCAAGGUGCAGCGCCAUGCAAGGAAAGAGGAGCAGGAAGCGAAGAGACGUGAAGCUUGGUUCGCCGCUGAGAAGCAGGGGCGCAACGGCGACAAGGUCAUGCAGAAGAUGGAGAUCGAUGAUGGUCUGCUCACUGGCGAGUCUGAUGACCAAAGAGAUGAGUAG